AUGGAUUCCCCUGUUCGCGAGAAACAAGAUGUUUGUGCAGAUUUGGAAAAGUCGGAGGAAUCUCAUUUGUGCACUGUGGCAGGGGAAGGAUUAAGGAAAAACAGAAUUGACGAAAGUCAUAAGGCUGAAGACGCUGACCAAGAAAGUACUCCUGAUACCUCAAACGGCAUUAAUGAGAAGCAAGAGCAGACGAGAGACACUUCUGCAUCAGCAUGGAGAUGCAUUGGUAAAUUGUGCCCUGGAAAAGCGAAAGAGGAAGAAGAAUAUGAGGAGAAGGAGUUGGAAAAAGACGUUACAGCAACGGAGGACAAAUAUGGUGCUAAGAGUGAAAAAGGACACAAGGCCAAAGAGGAAGACAGAGAAGAGGAAAACUACACAGAAAAGGAGGAAGAGAAAAUGGUUAAAGCCAAGGCGGAUGAAGAAAGACGCAAGGCCAAAGAGGAAGACAAAGAAGAUGAAAACUACAAAGAAAAGCGGGAGGAAGAGAAAAUUUGCACUAUUGUAUACAUGCAAGAACAAACCAACACUGGACAAGAGAGCGAAGGAGUAACAACUCCAAAAUCUGAUGACCGAGAUGAAAGAGCAGAAUCCUUAGGCCCUGACGAUGAGAAGCAAGAGAACUACGGACAUUCCGAAGAAGAGACCAGUGUUAAGAAUCUCCAAAUUGAUCAACCUAUCCGUAAUGAAUCUAGCGAGAAGCACCAAGAGGCUAAGGUUCCUGAUGUCUCGAAUGCAAAAGGAAGAAGAAAGGAGGAGGCUGCCGCUAAGUUCAAUCACCCCAAGGGAGAGAGAAGCACAGACAGUUUGAGGCAAGGGAAAUCUGCUAAUGCUUCGAACUCUCGAACCUCCUCAGUAUCAACAGACCAGAGAGACAGUGAAGAGAAGGGAGGACGCCCGAUCCAGGUUUUUGUGAAUAGUCCGUUGCGAUCCCCUUUAUGUCUGCAACUGCAUCCAUCAACCACUAUCUCUACUUUAAAAGAAUUACUGCAAGACAAAAUGGGAGUCAACCUGAAGAACCAGCAUCUUUUCACCAUGCGAAACAUUGAACUUUCUGAUGCCGUCUCCCUUGAGGAAUGUGGGAUUCAGCAAGAUACCAACAUAGAGCUACGUCUUGUUUCUGGUCUGAUGGGAGGUGUUAGGGAACGUGCCGACAACGGAGAUCAGAGCAGUGGCAACACUGCUAACCAAGCCGCAAGUCCAGAACCCUUAUCUCCAGGUGUCAGUCAAGAAGAGCAAUUACAGCGUCCUCCAAAUUCGAAGGAAGCCUUAGACAAGAUUAGAAAGGUUUUAGUGGAAUGGUGUCUGGUUAUACACAUCUUUGGAUGA